GAAGCUGGUUGUAAUGGCGGGAAAUAUAUGUUGCAUAAACCCUAAUGAAUGCGGGAGAGAUUUUAGGGAUUGAUUAGGGAGGCGAAAUCAGAUUGAUACGGCUCAUGUUAAAUCUCACAUGUGACUUCAAAGUGAUUUCCAGAUUCAAUACUAGCAUUUUAAUCCCUAUCCGUCGCAGUUUCUUCCAGGUAACCCUAGCGCCGUCGUGCUCAAUGUCGUCGUCGGCGAAAAUUGUGGCGGAGUACGCGAAAUCGGGCCGUUCUUCGUGUAAGAAAUGCUCCAAAGCCAUUGCUUCGAGCUCGCUGAGGUUGGGUUUGGUGAGCAAAGAUCCCAGAGGAUUCGACAUGACGAAAUGGCAUCACUUGAACUGCUUCCCUUUUACUGAUUCCGAAUCAGCAACAUCCCUCGAGUCCGUUGCAGGAUUUUCCUCACUCAAGACGCAUGCCAUGGAAGACUUGCAGGAAAAUUUCCGUGAGCAGUGAUCAGGAGUCUGUGAAGAAGCUAUUGACGGAAGGGACCUCAAAGAAGGUUCAUAAAGCUGAUGAAGAGGAGGAUAAUGACUCGGAGCAACGAAAUAUGAAGAGACAGAAGCUGUCAGCUUCUGGGGAAGGAGGGAACCUGGAGCUGGAGAUGACCAUCUCUGCAUCUGAUAUCAAAGAAAAUUAUAAGGGUGCUGUAUUGACGCCCAAGUGGAAGGCAUUUCAGACAAUUAUAUUUCUUGAACGGGAUGAUGGUCUUCAUGAUUCUAGAAAGAUUGCAGCCUUUGAUUUUGAUGGGUGUCUGGCGAAGACAUCUGUGAAAAGAAUUGGUGCUGAUGCUUGGUCCCUUAUGUACCCCUCAAUACCAGACAAGCUCCAGAGUCUUUAUAAUGAUGGUUACAAACUGGUUAUUUUCACCAAUGAGUCCAAUAUUGAACGCUGGAAGAAUAAAAGACAAUCUGCUGUGGAUUCGAAAAUUGGACGUCUUGAAGGGUUCAUUAAACUUGUGAAGGUUCCCAUUCAGGUUUUUAUUGCUUGUGGACUGAGUUCAGGUCAACCUGAGGAUCCAUUCCGCAAGCCUAAACCUGGGAUGUGGAGAAUUAUGGAGAAGGAGUUCAAUUCAGGCCUACCAAUUGACUUGGAUCAAUCCUUUUAUGUUGGUGAUGCUGCUGGAAGACCUAACGAUCACAGUGAUGCGGAUAUCAAAUUUGCCCAGGCUGUUGGCCUGAAAUUUUAUGUCGCUGAAGAAUACUUUGGAAGUUGAGGUUUGUCUCUAUUUUGCAUUUGCCAUUACACUGAAACAUUCAUUCCCAGGUGGUCAGUAACCGAAAUUCUGUAUAUAUUGCAUUGCUUUUUUUUUUUUCUACAAGCUGUCUGAAUGCUUAUGUUUAUACGUGAGAGGGGAAUAGCACCGACAAUUGCUUGAAUGUGAAAACUGGUUUUCUUUCAAAUGCAUAGACUGUCGAAUUGAAAAUACAGUGUGGCAAUAACAAAUGAUAGCAAACUAAUCACAGAAGCAACUCAUUGCAGAAGUUCCCAUCUUCAGCAGUUUCUUCUUCCUUACCAUGUCACACGCUCAAAGCUGUGUACAAGUAAUAAUACUCCCCUCAAACCGUUGAGGACUCACAAGAUCAUAACUUAUUCACGAUUCGGUAAAAUAGCUACACUAUUGAAUCCGUUUAUAGCAUUGUGCUGUGUUUCUUCUUGCAGAACAUGUCGCAAAUGCGCCAUUAUCCUCGAGCUAUUCCUUGUCUGCAUCGACUGACAACUCAUGCAGCAGGUUCAUGGGAAUGGGAGACUUGGGACGAUUUUCCUCCGUGUGAGGCUUUUCCAUUAGACAGAAGUGGCUUAAUGGAACCCAUUGCUUUAAUAACCGUGUUUGUUUUUUGACUAGUUUCGCUUUUCUUGACAAGGGAAGUCCUCGGUUGGUACCGAUUCUCCCAUGGACGUGCAGCUAUCCAUCUCUCUUUCCAGCUCCAGCCCCAGCCUUCUUUGCUAAGGUCGUAGUAAGCCUGUCCAAAGUAGUUAUUUGUAUUUGCUCUCCACUGCAGGG